UGUAGCACGACACCAGGGAGGGCGGCUUAAGUUUAUUGUUGCAGAAACAUACACCGAGGAUGAAAAUGUCCUCUUUGAUCGUAGUAGCAGUUAUAGACUUGAAUAAACGUAUAGAAAUAUAUAGGACAUCCAUUAGCGAAGCGUUUGCUUCAAGAGUUUCACUUUCACACGUGGACUACAUAUCCCAGGGUGCCACUCACUGCGGUAUCCAGGAAGUCUGCUGUGGUUGCCAAGCAAACUUCUGCUCGAAAGCGAAUUGCUCUCUCUGUGAAAAGUGCAGAUGCUUUUGGUCAGGUUUUUUGGAUACUACUGCUUUGUAUUACAAUGAAAAAUAAUAAUAAAAAUACCCUUAAUUGUCGUUGGAAGGUCUAGUUUAGAGGAAAUCAACAUUAAUUUCCUCUAAACUCCUCUAAACAUUAAUUUCCCUCCCGCAUUAUGGCAACAAUUAACAACAGCAGUUCUGAAUCGUUCGUUAGCUAAUCUAACGGUAGUUAGAGAAUCCAGUUUCUGUGUUAGUAUCACCUCGGUUAGAAAGUUAUUCACGUGGGUUGGUAAGUCACUGAUACUUAUAUUUUUUCAUUUCAGGCAUCAGUGAGAAAUGAGUUGCUGCCAUGUGUCUGUGCCCCGGGAGGUCCGGCCCGGCACGGCACGGGUCCUGGUGCCUGAGCCGAGUGGAUCGGGCCACAUCAACCUGACUCCUGCUCCGAAACCACGAGAGGACUAUGAAACUGCAACGGGGCUUUACCUCUCUAAGGAGAAGUUGGAAUCAGUGUGUGGAACUCGGGAUCUCUCUAAAGUGACCUCGCUGGAGAUCCGCGUAGACACACAAGAAAACACACUGGGUAACUUUGGUGACUACUUGCCCAGGCUAUUGAAGCUCAAAAUGAACAACAGCAACAUAAUGUCAGUGAGAGACCUGGGAACCACCCUCUCCCACCUGCAGGUGCUGUGGAUGUCUCGCUGCUCCCUACAAGACCUCACUGGCAUUUGUGCUUUCACUUCCCUCAAGGAGUUGUACGUGGCCUAUAACAAUGUGUCGGACCUGAGUCAGCUGGGCAUGCUCGAGAACCUGCAGCUGUUGGAUCUGGAAGGGAAUAAUGUGGAUGACAUUGUCCAGAUUCAGUAUCUGGGGCUAUGUGGCAAACUUCAGACACUGUCCCUGGAAGGAAACCCUGUGUGUGCGCACCCAAACCCCACUGCCAUCCAGACGGCAGGCUAUAGUUAUCGGGCCGCAGUGAGGAAGUUGGUCCCUCAGCUGCGUUACCUAAACGAUCUAAGGGUGGAGGAGGACGGCCUGAGCUCCCACAGCACCAUGGGAGAGGACUGGGCCAUUCUCCGAGACUGCAUCAGAGACGGCAGCUCCUCCCAGGCAGCUGCUGAAUACGAGGACACAGCAGACCGUGGAUAUCCUUACAGCCGCCCGGCCAAGGCCAGGCGCCCCGCACACAACGUUCGCUCCGGACCCAAGACAGCCACCAGGCCUGGAGUUCUCUCUGGUUCCAGACCUGGUUCUGCAGAUUCAGAUCUGGCGACAGUGGAAGCAGAAGCCAGCGUCCUUACACAUGGGGCUGGCAAGAUUCUCUUCUGCGGAAACCCGGUCCAGGCGGUUCGGGCCAGGCGUGAAAAGCUGAGGACGGCACCUACCAGAUCUACUUUCACCCUCCGUGACCUUCCCAUCCACGUACCUGAGCACACAAACGACCUUGAGGAGACCGAUGUCAGAGAACGCAUCGAUGUCUUUGCCGAGCUUAGAGCUUGGAGGGAGCAGCAUGGCAGGCGUCUCCAGGCCAUAAAGACAGAAAGAUUACCACAGGUCCUGGCUAUUUGUUACAGUGAUGAAGAAAAGGGGGGAGAUGACAACAAAAGAAAACAUGAAGCGGAGAUGCACAGAGACAGACGAGACGCUGCCUCACCAGAUUCCCCUUCGCAGUUUCUUUCCCCAGGCCUGCAUCCCAGAGAAGCCUUCUCCUCAGAGGCGGCUGGACCCUCCCUGUCACCUGGCACCACGCUGUCCCCCUCUCCCCCUCCCAGUGGAGACAGGAAGCCGACUGGGCUCCGUGCACGCCGGCUUCGACUCAGCCAAACCAACUCAGAACAUACUGAUUUCAGCAGAGCAGGGCGCUGCCCGGGGGCAGAGACGACGCCUGGAGACACACACCCGAAACUCCAGGGGAUCCAGCAGUUGACAAAGACAAACAAGCCUCUUUCGCUCCAGCCUGCAUACACACCCCGCCCACCUCCAACAAGGGCCCCCGAGAUGGACUCAUCCAGUAAACAAGCUGGCAGAGAGCGUUUUAAGAUCACGCAAAUGUCCAAACUUCUGGACCGACCAGCGAUCACUCGUCCUCACACAUUCUGGGCCGCUCUACAGAAACACCACCAGCACCUCACAAACCAGCCCUGCAGAGGGAGCCCACACUCAGACUGACAACCUGGGGGUGCAGGGGCACAGACUGUCUGGCUAAGGAUCCAUACAAUUAGUGUGACAUUCCUUCAAGAACAAGAGUGACAGCAUGAAGGUCAACACAAGCGUUCCUCUUACCUCACGUGCUUCGUGCUGAUGUUGUCCCUCUAACUUGACUGAGUUGCUGGUUUACUGGUGGCUCCUUUAGCUAUAGAUGAAAAAUAAAGAAGAUGUGACUAAUACCAUCAUAUUUGAAUUGCUCCGGUCAAAACAUUGAAUUGACUUAAAUGCUACAUUUUGUUUUUCCCAAUGAAAAAAAAGCUGUGAGGUGGAUUACAGGAAAAGGAUCAGUGAUUGUCUUGUCAGUCAUGGUGUAAUAGGCGCGCAUUGCCACUUGAAGGCGCUCCAUGUAUACAUUAAAUCAAAAACUCAU